GGUAUAGUCUCUUACCUUAGUUUGUAAAUCAAAGCCUUCGUCUGCGCACGCGACUGUGCGUCAAGCGAAGUUAUUUUAUCACAAUCGUUUUUUUUUUUUAAUAAUUUCGAACCGAUCAUAAUAAAUGUGUUGAAGAUAUAAUUAGUGCUAUAUUGUAUUCAGUCGAAAUGGGAAGAUCAAUAACAUUUAUGCUGCUGGCGGUGUUCGUAUCGUACGCAAACUCCGCACCACAAUUCAUAACAUUCAAGGAAGGAAAGUUAGGAGUCAAUUUUGGUGGUUAUCAUGCUGGUGUUGGCCUCGGUGGCUUAUUAGGUGGUGGUGCUGCCGGUGGACUGUACGCUGAGGCUGGUACCCCUCACGGUCAAUCUGCAAGAGCUGGUCUUGGUGGAGUAGCAAGUGAAAAUGGAGGAACAUCAGGUGGCUUGUAUGCGGGGGCAACUGCUGGUGGAAAUAUCAAGGCAUCAGCCGGCCUCGCUGGAGGAGUCAACUCUGAAAAUGCAGCAGGAGCAGGAUAUGCUUCAGCUCAAGCUGGCAAUCAUUAUGCAGCUUCAGGAAUGGCAGGUGAAUCUUCAGCAGGAGGAACAUCAGAAAUUUUAUUUUCCGGCACUCAGGAUGUUGUUCCAUUACAUCCCGUUCAAGUGAAACCAGUACACAAAAAAAUUCAUACAGAGUUUAACUUUGAUUCUCUCAAUGAAGUACAACCUCUGCCAAAAGCACCUGAAGUGCACACAGAAGUUAAGACUGAAAUCGAAAAAAAAGUUAUACAUGAAAACGUACAACCAGUCAUCGUUAAAGAAGUGAGUAAUGUAUGGAAUCCGGUUAGUGGAACGAGCCAAGGGAUCAACUUAAUAGAUGAUUUCCAAGUUUUUAUAAAUUCCAUUUUUAAUGUGGCGUUUACAGCAGGUAUUAAUCAGCAGUCACGGCUAGUGCCGCAACUUUUUAUUGAUUAUCCUUUAUCUCAGGUUUAUGUCGAACCCAAAACAAAAGUCGUUGAAAAAGAAAUAGUACAUACGCAUUAUAAGCCCCGUCGGCAUCAUUUCCGCAAAACGGCUUUCCUUGGCGGAUAUAUUGGAGGUCAGGGAGAUAUUGUCGGACCGACUGUAUAUAAAAAUGUAGAGCCACAGAUUCAAAAAAGAAUAGAUGUCGAAGCUGAAUCAUCUGGUAAUGCUGGUGCCGCGGUAGAAGGAGGUUUUAAUGGUGGAGCAGGAGGCAGCCACGUAUAUACAAAACAAGUUACUUUUCAAAGAAAUCCUAAUUUCUUUGCAGACAUAUUUAAUAUUCCUAUAUCAACACUAAAGGCUGUUGGUAAUUUUCUAGGAAACACGGCGGCUAACACUAAUAUUUCUGUGCAAAAGAGUGCAACAGUUCAAGCAGAGUCAGACACGAAAUCACUUUCAAACGAUCCACCACUGUCAUCAUCAUCAUCAUCUUCUUCCUCAUCAGCUCAUGUCUCUGUUGAAACACCGAGUGCCUCAAAAUUCUUUGACGAUAUUUUAGCUAUACCCAUCAACACCCUCGGUGCUGUUAAUAAAUUUCUAGAGAAUAAUGUUGCGAACAGGAAAACUGUUCAGGUAGCUGAGGAUGGAUCAGUCGAACCGGCAAGGUCUAGGCGUGGACCUCAUGCAAGAAGGCGAGCUAAUAAACAAGUAAUUGUUAUUCAAGAUGAGACUCCAGAGGAAUCUGAAGCAGUUAAUUAAGGCACAUUUGACGUAAAAUUUUAAAUGUACAUGAUUAAUAAUAUCCCCUAUUUAAGUGCAAUAUAAGUAUUUCUUUUUUACGAUAUAUUAAAACAAUAUUUACUGAAAA